AUGGCAUGGCGCCGAUUUUUUGAUACAAACCGCCGUCAAAUGCCCUCAUUAUUCAAUGGCGUGGGUAUAAGUAAAAGUGGUAUUAAGGUACCCCAAGGUUUUUUCACUACUAAAAGUAGUAAUCUACUUCCAUCUCCUUCUUCUCCUUCUCCACUCAAGUCAUCUAUUGCUCCAAUUAGAGGAUCUUUGACUGCGUUGACCAAUGCCUUCAAAGCAAUGCGCAACCCAGGCGUUCUCAAACUGACUAUUACAAAGAGAUUUAACUCUCUGUGGAAUAGAUAUGGGAAUAGAGGUUGGCCAUCAUCAGCUAGACCAAAUAGACUGGACUUGGAAAGACUUAAGAUCCCAUUGAUAUUUACAGCCGUAUUACUUUUGACCAUGCCUUAUGUGGUACCAGUACUUUUCAAGUUUCCUCCACUUAGUUUUUUUACCCAUCAUCCGCCAGUACUUGUUUUCACAUUGAUGGCUAUCAAUGCUGCUGUGUUCUUGAUGUGGAAGGAUUAUCGGUUCCUGAAGUAUUUGAUGAGAUAUGGAUUAUUGAAAAGUCACAAUGUAGGUAACCCCGUCACUUUACUUACCUCCACCUUUUCUCAUCAAUCUUUCAUGCACUUGGCCUUUAACAUGAUCGUUCUUUUGAGUUUUGGUACUUCUAUGGUUAACAUGAUUGGACCAAGUUAUUUCACUCAACUUUACAUAGGUUCUGGUGUUGUGGCUUCCAUGUUUUCUCUUGUAUGGUCGGUUCUCAAAGGUGCCCAGGUGGCUUCAUUGGGUGCUUCGGGAGCAUUGUUUGGCUUGUGCUUGUUUCAAACUUACUUUUUCCCUAACCAAGGAGUAUAUUUGUUCUUUAUUCCCAUACCUAUGCCUGCGUGGGCAGUGUUCAGCGGUAUUUCUACUAUGAAUGUUGUUGGGAUGUUUGCUAGGUGGGGUGGCUAUGAUUAUGCUGCUCAUGUUGGUGGAUCAUUAUACGGUCUUAUUUAUGCUUAUUUCUUCAGUAAGAAAACUAGAGAAACAAGAAAGAGAUAUAGAAACUCGCCAGUUUGGUGGAGUUAUUAA